AUGGCGCAAUUAGCACUGCAGCUUUCGAGGGCAGAGUCCCUAUCGCAUUACAUAAAGUUAUAUGGCGUGAGCUUUUUGUUGCUCGGUGUCCUUCUCACGCUACUUUAUAACCGAUAUGCCAGCCCGCUUCGCAAAUUCCCUGGCCCGUUACUUGCAUCUUUCACGAGAUUAUGGCAAGUGUGGACCGCCUGGACCGGCAAAGCAGAAGAGCACUACAUCGCGGUACACCGUCAAUAUGGUCCUAUUGUGAGAUUGGGUCCAAACGAGAUUUCUAUGGCGUCACCUUUGGCUGCUCUCGAUAUCUUCAAGACCGGUAAAGGCUUUUAUAAGUCUGACUUCUACACUAUCUUUCUGCCACCCAAUGUUAAAGACCUCUUCACGGAAAUUCGCGAGCCUGUUCAUGCCGUCAUGAAACGGUUUGCCGUGCCGCCUUACAGCCUAGCAUCAGUUCAGCAACAUACCGAAGACAUAGAAGCUCUGCUGUGGAAAUUUCAGUCAAAGAUGGACGGCUUUGCGGUGCAUGACAAAUUGGCCGUCGAUCUGGGGAGCUGGUUGCACUAUCUAGCAUUUGAUGUUCUGGGUCAAUUCGCUUUUGCGCACCCUUUUGGAUUCCUUGACGCUGGUACUGAUAUGGAUGGAUUCUGCAAAACAAUCCGGAGAUCAGGCUGGGAGAGUGGAAUCGUUGGCCAAGUCCCUUUUGUUGAAAAGCUGACACGUUCCAAUCCGAUUUGGAAAUAUGUCCCUUUCCUCCCCGAAAACGCAGUCUCGUUACUCCCCCGAACGGCAGAACUCAUGCUGAAGAGACACCUGGAAGAGGACGACGAUGCUGCUGGAACCGGACCGAAAUGUCUGCUCAAGGCACACUUGGAGUCUCACAACGAAUACCCUGAUAAGUUCUCGAUUCAAGAUGUGAUUUCCCUAUCGACGGGGGCGGUGGCGGCCGGGUCCGAUUCAACAGCUUCUACGAUGCAAUCAUUUGUCUGGCAUGUACUAUCAAACUCUGAGAUCCAUGAUAAACUGGUUGCGGAGAUUCUCAGUAGUCCGCUCUCAGAGAUGGUUCAGUAUAAAGAGGCACAAGCGCUCGAAUAUUUCCAAGCUUGUCUCAAAGAGACGAUGCGUCUGCAGCCUGCCUUGGGUGCUAAUAUAACUCGGAUGGUUCCUACCGGAGGUACAGAGAUCAAUGGCACAUGGCUGCCGGGUGGCACGCAGGUUGCUCUCAAUGCAUGGGUGUUACACAGAGACAAAGAUAUUUUCGGAGCCGAUGUGGACUUGUUCAAUCCUGAGAGAUGGUUGUCCAAGGACGAGAGUCGUGUGAAAAUGAUGGAAAGAUGCAUGUUUCAGUUUGGGGGCGGUUCUCAUCUUUGCAUUGGGAGACAUCUUGCACUCUUCGAAAUGAACAAACUCCUACCCCAGCUGUUUCGAAGGUAUGAAAUGACGCUUGUUAGCCAAAAGCCUCUGGAUCAUAUCACGGGCCUAUUCUAUCUUCAGAGUGGCCUCUACGUAUAUCUGAGGAGACGUGGGGAAGUCCACCUGUGA